AUCAUCAUCAUUGUUAUUGUUGUGUUUCUCGUUUCUCAUCUCUGUGCUUCGCCCAGCUUCGCCGUGUAAUCUUCAGCCUUCAUUGGACUGUACAUUCGGCCAGAUAUUCUCAGUUCUUAACAGGUUCUUAAUCUACUGAAACGAUCAUGGACGACAAGCAAGAAAUUUUAAGGACGAUUCCUGCUAACUUGAAGCAGUUGAGAGCAUGCAUGUCUUGCUCUCUUAUUAAGUCAGCAGAUCAGUUUGAGAAAGAUGGAUGUGAUAACUGUGACACCUUUUUGCAUAUGAAAGGAAACAAAGAUGCAGUUAUCGAUUGCACAAGCACAAAUUUUGAUGGGAUGAUUGCUGCUAUGAGCAACGAGGACAGCUGGGUUUGCAGGUGGCAGAGGAUAAAUCCUUUGGUGAAAGGCAUGUACGCCAUAUCUGUCGCUGGGAGACUGCCCUCUCACGUUUUAAGAGAAAUGAAAAGAAGAAAUAUUCCAAUCAGAAACAGAGACACCCGCCAGAUGUAUAGUUCCACUUAAAACGACUUUGACGAUUGUUUGACACUUAACGGCUAUUCCAAAAAUUUUGGUGGCUUUAAUUGUAUUACUAUGAUAAACUAAAUGUAUAGAGUCUUACUUCAAAUAAAGCCAUUUUCCGAAUUUUCAUA